AUGUACCGAGCCUACCAGCCUCUCCUUCCAGCAACCAACAGGUACCUGCAGGAGAAAUGGGACAAAGCCAGUUAUCAGGAGCACUGCAGGAAGCCAUGUCUAGUUCUUGUGAGCUGUCAUCAUAUCAAAACUGACUGGUCAAAGAAAUUCAAGAAAUGCCAUGAAUCCAGAUCAUUAGCUCCAUAUAUUCCUGACACUCUCUCAACCUUGCAGGUGGAACUAGCAGUUCCUGUGGUCAACACAAAAGCCCCACCUACACCUUUGCAUCUUCAGGUGAAUUUGAAGAAACUCCAGCUGGAAAGAGAGCGCCAAGCUGCUCGGGACCAGGAAAACCGCUCACAUUCUGCCAGACUUUGGCGCAUCAAGCAGUCGCCGGGACGGGUGGACAACUGGAACUUCUAUUCCAUUCACAGCUUGAACUGGGGGAAGCGGCAGUGUGAUCUUGCACGCAUCUACUGGGAGAACCAAGAGCUGGCGAAGCGUCUGGAAGAAAGGAGGUCAGAACUUGCUCAGGAAUGCUGGCAGCAAGACUGGCACAAGGAGCAGCUAAUCCGUAGCAGCAUUGCCCGCUAUCCCCGGGAGACGGUGAGCUGCCAGGCAAAGAAUGGGAGAAGGAGGCAGGCAUGCCAGAACAACCAUAUUCCCCUUUCAGCCUCUGGCAGGAGAAACCCCAGCAUAAAGCCCAGCAGGACCCGUGAACCUUUCAGCAGCAAGAAUCACAGCAGAAUGGGCAGGAGCUUUUGGGGAAGUGAGAGUGAGUCCACCCAAGAAGAGGAGAUAACAACCACCACAUUCUCACCUUCCUCUUUGGGAAAAAGAGAUCUGGCCGGGCAACUCAGCAAAGAGACUUCUCUGCUGGCCAAGAUUGUAUCUGGAGGCUUCUGCCAUAGACAUGUUGAUGGUUCCUUGGUCAGGACGGAUUUGGCAGGGGGAGGUUCUCUUGAAAAGCCCAGAGGUGAAGCAGCGAUGAUCAGCAGCAAACCUCGCACAUCUGUAUGCUUAAGGGGGAACCUCGGACCUUUGGAGACCAGCCUGAGGCCUGCUUCAGGGGACACGGAGAAGAAGGCAGCAUUUUCAUCCACUAAAAACAUUUAACCUUGCUGUAGAAGGACUGGGAGGGCUCCCUCGUUUGAAGGGAAAGCCACCCUCUGGGUGUCAGUGCCUGUCGAGUGUCUAUAAGCCACCACUCAGGAAAUCUCCUGAGUGGUGUUGCGGUACAUCAGGUGAGGUACUGAGCAGAUUCUCCAUCUCCUCUGCAAAGCUUUGGCGAAAUUCUUUGGCCCAGGUGCAUGAAAGCAGCUCUGGCCUGUUGCUCAGUGACAGCGCACAUGCUUUGUGUUAAGUAGUGGGUAGACAUAGCAGGCGACACAGCGAUUCUUCAAACAGCUCUUCUUUAUUCAGAGGCCAGAACAGAACGGAACUGAGGAGCUCCGUCAGCCUGCUUAUAUAGAGCUCCAGAACAACGUAACUGUAGCAACUUUCUAAAACUAUCCAAUCACUGAACGUCACUUUCGAUCCUUCAUUUGCAUACAAACUAUCCACUCACUGAACGUCAUUUUCGAUCCUUCAUUUGCAUAACUAUCUACAGUAUCCCCCUGCUGGCCCAGGGUGAGAACUUCAGUACAUAACACCUUGCAUCCAGAAGGUUCCCAGUUAAGUCCAUGAUAUCUUCCAUUGAAAGGUGAUGGAAAAACCCCUUCUGUUACGAUGACCCUGGAAAGCCUCCACAGGUCAGACUAAACAAUACUAGAUCAGAAAGUAGUGUGGCCAAGUAUAAAGCAGCUUCCGUGUGCCUUUGUCAACCUCUGGCCUCCAGAUAUCGAAUACAGCGGGACAUAUGAAUGUACCCAGCCCCUAAUAUCCGCUUCAGAGGCUCUUCUGUCUGUCAGUAAUAUAAAUUAGGUUGGCUGAUAGCAGGUCAGGGCCUUCUGGGUGGUGGCGCCUCCAGAGUUGUGUCCUUCCCAAGGAAUUCAGUCAUGUCAACCUCUCUUGUAGUCUUUAGAUGUGGAGUAAAUACUUUAUUUCUCAUCUUACAUUGACUGUGUUUUACAUUUUAAUCAUGCAUGUUUGUGGUGGGGUUGUUGUUGUUGUUUUGGUGACUUUAUUGUUAUUGUGAGCCACCUUGGAAGAAUUUUAUUCUUAAAGAUGGAAUGGUUGAUUGAAUAAAUAAAAAGUCUAAUGGUUUAA